CCUAUUAUCGGACGUCGAUAUUUUGAGCUGUAAACAUCAAUUGAAUGUUUUUAUAGGGAAUUACUACUAUUGUUGCCUAGUUUGCAAGGUUUUAUUUACUUAAAUUUUUUUUUUUUUCAUAUUCUUCACUUUUGUUUUUAAGUGUUAAAAUAUAAUUAGAAACAUAAGGAGAUUUUUUAAGUUUUAUAAAAUAUACCUUUCUUGAUAGCAUUUAAAAUUUUUGUGUUAGCAUAUUUUAAUAACUUAAAAUAGAAAUCGCAUAAUGUUGAAUACUGCUAAUUGUUUAAAUAACUAUAGAUGUAGCUAAAAAAUUAUGUGCAGUUUACAUUAAAACUGGAAGAUCCUUUUAUUUAUUCAAUUUGUUGAUCAGUAAAUGUCAAGAUGUCUUCUAAGACGGGUCUUGAUCCUGUUGAGCCAAUAGCUGGUAAAGCUUUUCGUAUGAGUGAUGGAGAUUGGAUUUGCCCCAAUGCACAGUGUGCAAAUAUUAAUUUUGCACGUCGUUCUCAUUGCAAUCGUUGCAAUAAAGAACGCGAAGACUUACUUAUCAAGAAAAAAGUUGGAGCAGAAAUUGGUAAAGCUGCUGCUGAAAAAAGUAAAGGAUUAUUUUCUGCAGAUGAUUGGCAAUGUAGUAAGUGUGGAAAUGUCAAUUGGGCGAGACGUUCACAGUGUAAUAUGUGUAAUGCUCCUAAAUUUGCUGAUCCAGAAGAACGUACUGGUUAUGGAGGAGGUUAUAAUGAUAGAGGUGUUGUUGAAUAUGUAAAACGAGAUGAAUCAGAUGAUGAAUAUGAUGAAUUUGGACGUAAAAAAAAGAAAAAAAAUAGAUAUAGUGGUUCUAUCAGUGAAGAUUCAAAUAGCCAAAAUGGAAAAGAAGAAAACAAUGGCAAUGAUGGAAAGAAAGUAUGGUCUAAAUUAAAUGAAGAAGAUGAUUUUGAUGAGGAAGAAGAUGACGAUGAGGAAGAUGAUGACGAUGAAGAUCUGUCAAAAUAUGAUUUGUCAGAAUGGGAUGAUUUAGCUACCAAUGCUAAAAAAGAUAGAUCAAGAUCUAGAUCACCCAUUAAAAACUAGACAUUUUAUUUAAUGCUGUCUUGUCCAGUUCAACAUUCAUAUUAAUGUUCUUAUUAAUAGUAAAGUUUUUGAAUAAAAUGACCAAUUUUCAAACAUUUUUCUUCAUUGUUUAAAUUUUAUGAUAUAAUUAUGUGUAGUUUUAUUUCUUAUAAUAAAUGCAUUAUGAUAAUGUAAA